UUAACUCACACACAUUUCCAUUUUAUUUUCAUUUGUUCUUACAAAAGCUUAGUGGGCACAUCCUCGUCAAAUAUCCCAAUCCUUCUCAUCUCAAUCAUCCUACUUGAGAGAGUGCCUUGCCACUUUUGUAUCUCUAUUCAGGACUCUCUUUCACUUUACACAUAGCCAAACUGGAUAUUGUAAAAGGGUAAUACUAGUCACAAUUGAUUUUCUGUCACCCUCCCUCGCUAUUAUUCUAAUUGCGCAGUGUUAAAGAUGCUUGUUAAUAUCUUCUUACUGAAACAUAAUGCACAGGUGUGAAUCUUUCAUAUGCUACUAUAGAUUAAGACUGACUAAAAUAAGUGCACGAUGUGAUUUAUAGCUAUGAAUUAGGCUACAUCUAAAAUUAAGUGGUGCACUGAAAUCUUUUUAGUGAAGUCAGGGUAUAAUACUAAAUAGCGGAAUCAUUCUUUAACAGAAGACCACAAAUAUUGUAUUCAGACAUUAGGUAGAAAGAGGUGAUAAGCACCAGAAUAUACAGAAACUGUCUCUGGUAAGUAUCGAUUAAAAUGUGCACCCCCUUUUCAACUAAGGUCUCAUCUGAUUGGCUGAAAUGAAAGCAUUCUCCAAUCAGCGACACCUUUGAGCGGGACUUCCGCCUGCUGCCAGCGAGGAGGAGGGUCUGUGUGCUUGGAGGGAAAUUUAAUCAAACUAGUCAUGUAGCUCAUCGAAAACUAAUAUUCCGUGGAAAAACAACUGGUCUUUAGAGUUUGAAAACAAUAAUCUCUAGUAUUAAGUAUUAAGGGACAAAACUAAGGAUAAUACACACUGGCUGUUGGCUAACUGUAUUUUAAAACGUAGUUUGAUGUGUGCAUGCACUGAAUAGGUUUCUGCAGGUCUCAGUCGCUAUUAGCUUAGCUAGCUAGCCUCGAUUAAAAGUUAUCCACAGCUUGCUGCACGGGUUUCGGCAAUGGGCUAAUUCAGAAGAUGCUGAUACACGACCAUAGAUAAUUUGUAAACGGAUAACACUGGUAAUGGAUCAAAAGACGACGAGGCUCGAAAGUCAACUGUGUAAAGCUGUGAACGAUGGAGAACCCAGAACUGUGCAGCUGCUUCUUUCACAAGGUGCAUGCCCUGACCUGGUGGGUAAUAAAGGGGUGGCUGCAAUACACUUGGCUGCUGGCAAAGAGACUGAGAAAAACACACGCUGCUUGAAAAUAUUGCUGCAAUAUGGAGCAGACCCCAAUAAUAGGUCAUCAGAGGGCCUGACUCCUCUUCACAUUUCUGCACUGUGGGGAUGUUAUCAAAAUCUGAAGCUGCUCUUGAUGAAUGGAGGGAACCCAAACAGUAAAGAUAAUGAAGGGAAUACACCAGGGCAGCUUGCAGAGCAACAGGAGAAUCGAAAAUGUGCCCAGCUCCUUCAGGAGUACCAGGCCAGCUCUGUGGACACAGAGGAGGACGACUUGCCUCAAUUCCAAUACUCUGUGUAUUCAGACCAAACAGACAUGUCCAGCUAUCCUGAAUCAGACUGCAGCUUUAGUUCCCACUCUUCUAUGAUAAGUGACUUUGGUGAGGCCCCAUUGAGCAGCACAAGGCGCUCAUCAUUUUUCAACAUGUCUAACAGUAAUGGAAGGCCAAGUUGCAGAGGAAUAUCAUAUAACAGACUUUCUGAUAUAGACACUAAGAGGCCUCACCGCCAGGACUGGAACAAUUCCUCCUCACAUUGGGCAUCUGAAGGUCCCUCCAUACUAUCAAGCACUCGCAUGUCUGCAGUUGGACCUGCAGUUGCUAUGCCGAUUCUUAAGGAGGAUGAUUUAUUUACAUAUGACAUUGUGUUCACAUCAAAAGCAAAUGAACAUCUUGCUACAACUGAUGGCAGAAUCUCCCCUUCCAGAAGAGACACUCUCCCAGCUUUUCCCUCUAGGCGAGCAGGCCGUAAGAGUGUGAGCUUCAGAGAUGUAGAUGAAUAUUUCCCUGUUUUUAGUCCUGAAUCUCCCAAACAGCAGCCUGCUAUUGAUGGCAGUCAGUGCACCAGCAACUUACCGUUUGACCUUUCUGAGUACUCUGACUUCCUGGAUUCAGAACGCAUGGCCACUGUUUUACACAAGCAGGGCAUCGACGUCACAUCACCGGAUCACGUUUAUGUUUUUUGCAGGGAGAGCACAGAAGAGGACAUGGAGAAAACAGUCAUCAGUCACUGUGCUUUGGAGGAGAGUGAUGAUGAACAGGAGGGUGAACAUAUAAAAGAGGCACAGGUGAAUAUACCAGAACAGCCAGCCCAUUCCCAUGUUGGCAGCAGUAGCAGUGGGACUGGUAGUAGUCAUUAUAGUAGCUGUGAGAGCGAUCAUUACACCAGUGCUCUGGAUGCUUCUCUACGCCCCAGACAUCUUUUACUCCCCAUGGUAGACAAGGUUACUGCUAGGGCUGACAAAAAGAUUCAGAUUUCUACAGACUCUGAUUCUGAAUUUACAAGGCGAGAUGAGAAUCUUCCAUCUGUCCAAACAGAACCCCAGAUAGAUUCAAAAUCUGAAACUAUAAAGCAUUUACCCGGUAUGCUUGAUAAACUGGCCCUAUCUGAAGUAAAACACCCAAACAUUGAUGUAUUUGAGGCUUGUAGUGGUCCUGUAGUGGACACUUCAAGUGAAGGUGGUCUUGACCAGCCAGUGGCAGACACCCCAUUGGAUGAUGUAGCUGAAGCAUUACAGGAAAACAAUACAUUCACACCAAGUCCUUUUGUAACAGGCAGGACUCGCUCGAGAUUGAGUCGCUGCUCAGUGAGAACAAGCAGAACCCCGGACAGCCUCCUCUUCAUGUCUUCUCUGUUUGAAGAGACCCUCCCCACACCAGUUCGAACACGCCGCCAGACACCCAGGUCUCAGAGCAGUGAAGUCUUUUACAGUUCCCCACAUGCACCUUGUUAUACACCGUCCUAUUCAGGGAGUAGCACAGGAGGAGACUCCUUGCCUACUGAUUGCCAGGACACACAGUCCAACACCCUCAGAGAUGGUUCAAGUGUUAGCAAUAGCCAAGCUGACACUCUCAUACUCUCCAAGGGCGUAACGGACUCUGUUGCUGAAUCACAGACUUUGUCUGACACAGUCGUACUGGAGAAAAACCAGGACUCUUCAAUGGAUGCUUAUGAAAGACACCUUGCAGAGAUUAUACUGGCCAUGCAAGGCCAUAAUCUUGCUGAAGGCAGGGAUUUUCUGACUGAUGAUCUGACAAGUACAGAUGAAGCAACAUUAAAGAGAAAUGUAAAUGAUACCGCUGGUAAGGACAAAGGAGACAGCCUAAAAUACAAAGAUGUCUGGAUCACUGAGGACUGUGCCUCUCAGCCAGACUCUGUGUCAUCUUCAUCCAGCUCCAGCUAUUUUUCCCCAAGGAGGUCCAGGGAAGACUCCGACAUUUCUUGCACUCCAGGCACUGGAUGCACUCCCAGGUACAGCAUGAGCCGGUUGUCGAAGUGCUGCAGGCCACAGCACCUGGCUAACCUGUCUUACACCCCUGGAGGGCGUCCACUCAUUCAGGAUCUGGACGAACCAGUGGAGUACCUCUACACUGAUAUGGAACAGGGCCACAAGCUGAUUGAGACCCAUGUCCCGCCUACAGCAAACACCUCACUCAGCUCCAGCAUGAGUACUAGAAGCAGUGAGGAGACCAUCCUUUAUGACUGGAGCUCCAUGCAGACUGACAUAAUGAAGAACAGAGGAAAAGAGAACCAGAAGCCCCAGAUGGUGCUACAGAAGGAGGAAAAUGACAGUUUGUUGCCGGAGACCAAAGGGAUCACUGACAAGGAGCUAAGAUUGAAGCUAGUAGAGCUGGGGGAGAGCCCAGGCCCUAUCAGCAGCCGUACCAGGCCCACUUACAUGCAAAGGUUGUGCCGCCUGUUGCAGGAGUCAAACUCCCAAUCACUACAUCACCGGAAGCAGUUAGACCAGCCACAAACGGAUUUAGGUUAUAGUCCAGAAUUGUGUCGGGCCCUGCGGACCUUCGAGCUACCUAAAUGCCAGGUUGACGAGCAGGCUUUGUGCCAGCAGUUUGACCAACCAGAUCAAAACAGAAAGUGGAGGGAGGGUAUCAUCAAGUCCAGCUUCAACUACCUGCUGCUCGACCCAAGAGUGACGAAAAACCUCCCAUUCCGCAGUCACACCAUGACUCCACAGGAGUGUUUCCAGACAUUUAUCCACGCUGUAUUUUAUGUGGGCAAAGGAAAACGCUCCCGCCCCUACAGCCACCUGUAUGAGGCUUUAGAGUACUACAAAGGAGACAAGACCUCCAAGAAAUUGUGCCCCAAAGUGCAGCACAUCCUUCAGGUGUGGAACGCUGAGCAGGGCGUCAUCUCUCUGCAUUGUUUCCAGAAUGUCAUUCCAGUGGAGGCUUACACAAGAGAGGCCUGCAUGGUGGAGGCCAUUGGGUUGAAGAUGCUCACCAAUCAGAAGCGAGGGGAUUUUUAUGGCGUGGUGUCCAACUGGCAGGUGAAGAGGAAACGGGAGUUAGGCAUCCACCUGCUCUACAGGGCCAUGCAGAUCUUCCUGGCCGAGGGUGAGAGACAGCUCAGACCAGCAGACAUCAGGCAGUAGUGACCUCCAGGGUAUGAACAGCAGCAAAAUGCACCGCACAGAGGGGGAAAUACCACUAGUUCAGGGUCCAAAUCAAUCCUUCUUUGAAUAAUUUUGCACUCAAAAGUUGGAUGGGGUUUACAAUAUCAAGAUCCCUUGAGCUAUUACCUGGCAUUUAAUUGUCUUUCUGCUAUAAAUGAACUCUGAUCUCUCCAUCCCUCAGCAAUAUACAGUUUGUCAAACGUGACAUUUUCUGCUAAUAUUUAAAUCAUUUGAUCCUUUGAUAUUUACAUCCAACUUCAGUCAGUUAAGAUCAUGUUGCUUGUUUUCAAUUUUAAAGUGUACUUAACGUUUCCACUUUUAAAAAUCUGUCAAAGCUGCCUGAUUUUCAUUUCUUUUUGUAUGUAUGCUUUAUGUGGAUUGGAGAUCCUCAUUACAUUGCUUUUAAUCUGCCCAGAGGUGACUAAAAUAAUGGUUCCACAAAAAACUUAAUGGUGGAAUAAUAGAACUGUGUAUAGAGAAGGAAAACAAGUGGGUGAAUGAACAUGAAAGUGUGAGACUGCAGGUCUCUCAGAACUCACAACAAAUAAGCUUGACAAAUUUAAUUUCCAAAAACAUUGUUCCCAGUAGGACACUUCUCAACUGCUGUAGUACGAAUUAAAUUAGCUUGUGUCACAUUGCACAUAAACAGGUUGAUGCAUAAUAGCAAAGGAAACCUGGUAGUUAAACACGAUAUUUUUGUAGUGUAUAUUUUUGAAACUUAAUGUGUAAAAUGUGAUUUGUUUACAUGGCUGGAUUUCCAUUUCAUGUGUUGUGCCAUUUUGUUAUUGUAAAAAAAAAUGCAAUGCAGGCGAGCCGAUAAUACGAUAGCAUCCAAUAGUAAUAGAGGUUUGUGUUUAUACAAUUCUUUUAGAAGUGUCAUUAUAAUGAGAUAUGUAGAAAGUGGGUGCUUAAGUUUGUCUGUAGUACAUCAGCACCAUGUUAAGAUCAGUGGACUGUCCAAGUUAGUAGCAGAACUAGUUUGUGUUAAGUUCAGGUUACAGCUGUAAUUUAGUGUCAUAAUCUACACAAUUUUGUUGGCUAGUAAAAUCAAUGAAAAAGGGAUAUUCAUCGGUCAAAGAAAUCCCAAAUUGAAUACACUUUUUUCUUGAAAAGUUAUCUCAUGGUCUACAUAUUAAUGUUCAGGGCAAGUGAGCUUCAAAACCAUUCAUUAUCUCCUCAGGGUAAUACACUUGAUCAAUUAUCUGGAAGCUGCAUAUAUUCUUUAUUUCACACAAAAGGCAUUAAUACUAACUGAAAACAUAAUUUUGUAUUUUAGAGAUAAAUUGCUUUACAUCCAAAUCCCCAGGUUGAUAAAAAUCAAAGCAUGAGAUCAUCAAGGGAGUAAAUCACCUGAUCUGUAGCAUUUACUUUUAACUAUGAAAUUAAUUUCAUGAAAAUAAUUACCUAUAAUAAUUAAACUAUAAAACCAUUAAUAGUACAAUGAUUAGGUGUGUAGACACCGUUUUUUAGUUUUCAGGUUUUCGUAGAUCUAAAAAUAAAGCCCCUUCAUUGUGAUCUACUUUGUUUCUUGUUAAAACGUGUCAGUCAUGUUCACAUACAAUCAUUUCUGCAUACAUGUAAUUGAGUGCUCUUUUUUUCAUUAUGAUCAUUAACUUCUACUGUUACUGCUAUAUUUCCUUGUCCCAUUAUUUUGCAUUUAUGUAAAUGUAGUAAAAUACAAAUAACAAACCUGA